GUCUGUCUAGCACUGUGCAAUUCUCUGAGGGCAAUCAGGAGAGGCUUCCUAAGGAAGCGUUAUGGGAUAAAGAAGAAGGAAGAAAAGGAAGCAGAGGCUCAGGCCGCACUGGAAGCUAACGCUGAAGGGAGUCUAACACGCCCAAAGAAGGCAAUCCCUCCUGGCUGUGGGGAUGAAGAGGAGGAAGAAGAAGAGAGCAUUCUAGACACAGUCAUCAAAUACCUACCAGGGCCCCUGCAGGACAUGUUCAAGAAGUAA